ACGUUCCUUUCGGGCACGCGAUGCGGUAACUUCCACUUCUCUCCAUCAUCACUCCUUCAUCUCUGCCUUCUGCGUCACUCUCGCGCACCACUCGACUGUCUUGUCUGACACCAUCCCCGCCCUCCAGCCCUCUUUCUCUCCCCCGACUCCGCCGUAAUGGCGGCACCUCCUGUCGAUGAAAAGCUGGCCGCACCACUGUCCACACCACCAAUCCUCCCCUCCACCCUUCCUCCCCCGCGCACCAAUCGCUUCACCGACAGCAUCCUCGAUGUCUUUCGAUCCUUUCAAGACCGCCGGGCUGCGCUCGGCCUCUCCAACCCAGGCACCGUCGAUCGGAUAGCGCACGAGGUGCAGCGAGAUGUCCUCCUCAACAACAUCACCUUCUCUGGUUUGCGCGCCGAAUUGAACAAGAGCUUUUCCAUAUCGCCCUUGUUUCAAAUAAGUCAUGCCUUCUCCACCGGCAGCCAAUACCUUUCCCCCUACACCUUCCUCGCCCUCUACGGCACCGACAAUUUUCUCUGCCAAGCUCAACUCGACUCCGACUCCACCUUCUCUGCCCGCUUCAACACUCGCCUCACCGAUCGCUUGACAUUCAAGUCGAACGUCCAAAUGUCCCCCGCCUCCAUGGGCGGGCCGGGCGCCAGCCAACUCUCCCUCGAACAAGACUACAACGGUGCCGAUUUCACUGCUCAGCUCAAAUCUGUCAACCCCUCCAUCCUCGAAGGCUCUCUCACCGGCAUGUUCAUCGGCAGCUACCUCCAGAGCAUUACUCCGCGAUUGUCCUUGGGCCUUGAAGGCGUUUGGCAGCGUCCAGGAGCCGAGGAUCUACCCAACGCCGCGGUCAGCUAUGCGGCAAGGUACAGGAGCGACGAGUGGAUUGGCAGCCUGCAGCUCCUGACUCAGGGUGGCCUACAGGGAAGCUACUGGAGAAGAUUGACAGAUAAGGUGGAGACGGGAGUGGAUGUGAAUCUGCAGUUUGCCGGCCUGAAUAGCGCCGCGAUGAUGGGUGGGAUGAAGAACGAAGGCCUGGCGGUCCUCGGCGCCAAGUAUGAAUUCUCCCGCUCCAUCUUCCGCGCGCAAGUGGAUUCGCAGGGAAAGAUUGGCUGCGUCUUGGAGAAGAUGGUCGCGCCCCUGGUGCGCGUGACAUUUGCCGGCGAAAUGGAUCAUUGGAAGAACGCCGCCAAAAUUGGACUCGCCGUCUCCAUUGAGAAUUCCAGCGAAGAACUAAUGGAGCAGCAAGACAAGAUCUCGCCGGCUUCGCCACCGUUCUAAACGGUCGGCCUAGUCUUGCGAUUAUCCAUCCUCUUCACUCUGUAGACGACAGCCAGAGACAGCAUACCUCGGAUCGGCUGUGUGGGCGCGAAACGGCGAUUUGUGUACCUAGAAAACUCGUUGCCGUAUCGGCGCAACAAACGGCGGGUGGUCGGCAUCAGCAUAGCGUGUCAAGGGGGGUUGUGGGCGUGUCAACGUUAGAUUCCGCUUCGAUUGUGUAUGAUAGGUAGCAUUUGGAUGACAGUACAAAGGCCUUGACCAACGCG